AACAGCUGUUUGUAAACAAACGAAACCAGUUUGUAAUUUACUAAAUGGGUGGAAAAAGCUAUUAUUGUGAUUACUGUUGUUGCUUUAUGAAAAAUGAUCUAAACGUGCGUAAAUUACACAAUGCAGGCAUUUCACACACGGCUGCCAAGGCAACCUAUAUGCGUCGAUUUGAAGAUCCCAAAAAAGUUUUGGCUGUAGAGAGCACAAAAAAGCCAUGCAAACGCUUCCUGGCCGGCUACUGUAGAUUUCAGUUGUUCUGUAAUUUCCGGCACUAUAGCGAUAAGCAAAUGAAACAGCUCGAAAAAAUAGUGCGUCAACUGAAGAAGAAGCGUUCAAAGAAAAAAAGGAAUCCCCAAGUAACCAGAAAAUGUAAUUUGCCACCCUCACUGCAACCUAUUGACAUGACUAAGCUGAAGCAAACAAAUUGGGAUUUAAAUUGGGGCUAAAAUAAACAAAAUACAAAAUUGUUGCAACA